GACAGCCAGUGGCUUCCUCCUGCUGGCUGGGAUGGGAGCCGGAAUCUGGGCUAUUGUGAUGUCCGUGCUUGGAAGCGAAGGCGAGAGUCUGUAUGUCGUUCAGGUGAGUCCCGGAGACCAGCGCCUCACCCUGUAUGACGAGAACGAAGGCAAGUGGAGGCUUCUGUGUUCGUCUCCUUCCAAUGCUCAAAUGGCCACCUUGGGUUGUGAGGAGAUGGGCUUCAUCAGAUCUCUCUCACACUCUGUCCUGUCCGCUGACACCGCGGGGCUCAAUGGGACUUCCGGUUAUUUCUGCGUGGAUGAGUCCCGCCUGCCUUUUGCCCGAAGGCUCAACGAGGCCAUUGUUGUGUGCGAAUGUCCAACAGGCCGGUUCCUGGCAACAUUCUGCCAAGAUUGUGGACGCCGGAAGUUGCCCAUGGACCGGAUUGUGGGGGGCCAAGACGCCAGCUUGGGCAGGUGGCCCUGGCAAGUCAGCCUGCGCUACGACGGGACUCAUCUUUGCGGGGGCUCCGUCAUUUCUGAGGAGUGGGUCGUCACGGCUGCGCACUGUUUCCCAGAGAGGAAUCGAGUGGUCAGCCGGUGGCGGGUGUUUGCGGGGGCCAUUUCUCAGCAGUCGGCCCGGGGGCUGCAGGUGGGGGUGACGAGUGUCGUGUACCACGGCGGGUACCAGCCCUUCCUGGACCCCAACAGCGAGGAGAACAGCAACGACAUUGCUCUCAUGCACUUGGGAACACCCCUUCCCUUCAGUGAAUAUAUCCAGCCCAUCUGCCUCCCAGCCUUGGGCCAGCCCUUGGUGGAUGGCAAGGUCUGUACAGUGACUGGCUGGGGCAACACACAGUACUAUGGGCAACAGUCGGACGUGCUGCAAGAGGCCAGCGUGCCCAUCAUCAGCACCAGUGUCUGCAACAGCCCGGAUUACUACGGCAGUCAGAUCAGGCCCAAGAUGUUCUGCGCCGGCUUUGCCGCCGGAGGCACGGAUGCCUGCCAGGGCGACAGUGGUGGUCCCUUUGUGUGUGAGGAUGGUAUCUCACAGACUUCACGUUGGCGGCUCUGUGGCAUCGUGAGCUGGGGCACUGGUUGUGCACUAGCCAAUAAGCCGGGAGUCUAUACCAAGGUCAAUGACUUUCAGGCCUGGAUCUACCGGGCCAUGAAGACGCACUCCCACGCCAGCGGAAUGGUCAUCCAGCACUGAGGCUCAGGAAGCUGCGCAGCUGAGCUGCUGCCUCGCCAACCGACUCCCCUUCCA